AUGGCUAGCCACAUUUUGUUGGUUAUUGCAAGUCUUCUAGCCAUCAUUUGCGCCUCGGCCACUGCCUCCGAUCCUAGUCCAUUGCAAGAUUUUUGCGUUGCCGAUCCUACUAGCUCAGUAAGAGUUAAUGGCCUACCUUGUAUGGAUCCGAAGCUGGUAAAUGCAAACCAUUUCUUCUCCAGUGAACUCCGUGUGCCUGGCAACACAUCAAAUCCCAUUGGAUUCACAGUCACUAUUGCCCAAAUACCUGGACUGAAUACUCUUGGGCUCGCAUUGGGUCGCGGAGACUAUGCGCCGGAAGGAACAUCAACCCUCCACACACACCCUCGGGCAACUGAAAUUACAACCGUCUUAGAAGGCAGCUUAAUUGCUGGAUUUGUAACCUCAAACCCGGAAAACAGGCUCGUUUGGAAGGUGCUUCAAAAGGGUGAUGUGUUUGUCUUUCCCAUUGGACUAGUUCACUUUACGUUUAAUGUAGGCAAUGGACCUACUGCUACUAUUGCUGCUUUUACCAGUCAGAGCCCAGGUUUCAUUCGAGUUGGUGAUUUGUUUGCAACCAAUCCACCCAUUCCUGAUGAUAUUCUGGCCAAGGCUUUCCAGGUGGACGAAUCUGUAAUUCGCAAACUUCGACCAUGA